UUAACAGAGAAGAAUUGAGGUACAAAAAAUGUCCGCACCAACGGUUCCGAAAGUGAAGUUCUCGAAUGGACGAUUCAUGCCGAUGCUGGGUCUUGGCACUUAUGAGUCACUCGCUGGAAAUGUUGAACGAGCUGUAAAAUACGCGAUUGACAAUGGAUACCGUCACAUCGAUACUGCGUUUUUCUACCAGAAUGAAAAAGAAAUUGGGAAUGCAAUCAGUGCGAAAAUCAAGGAUGGCACUGUGACGAGAGAGGAUUUGUUCAUAACUACUAAAAUCUGGAAUAACACUCACGCCGAAGAUAAAGUUGUGCCGACGUGCAGGAAGUCACUGGCUAAUUUGGGACUUGAUUACGUCGAUUUGUAUCUCAUUCACUGGCCAUUCGGCUUCAAGGAAGGCGAUGAUUUGACGCCCAAAGAUUCCAACGGCAAGUACUUAUUCUCAGACAUUGAUUACCUAGACACAUGGAAGGGAAUGGAAGAAUGCGUGCGUUUGGGUCUGGUACGCAGUAUCGGAGUCAGUAAUUUCAAUUCUCAACAAAUUACGAGACUCAUGGGAGCCGCCACGAUAAAGCCUGUGAAUAACCAGGUUGAAGUGAACGUCAAUUUCAAUCAACGCCCUUUGAUCGAGUUCUGCAAACAGCAAAACAUCACGGUAACUGCUUAUUCACCUCUGGGAAGACCAGGAAAUCGUCAUGGCGUUGUUAAUUCCUUAGACGAUCCCAAAAUGCAGACAAUCGCUGAGAAGUACAAGAAAACACCGGCCCAAAUCGCCCUGCGAUAUCUGUAUCAGCUGGGCGUUACACCCAUCCCCAAAUCCGUGACAGAGUCACGUAUCAAGGAGAACAUUGACAUUUUCAAUUUUGAAUUGACACCUGAGGAGGUAACAACUAUCGACUCUGUUGGAAACAAAAAACGAAUAGUUGCUUUUGAAGAGGCUAAAGAGCAUAAAUAUUAUCCAUUCUCCAUCCCGUUCUAAUGAGUAUGACGAAGGGAAAUAUUUCGGUGAGAUGGACAGGCACUUCGAAUGGACUUCAGGAUGAAAACAAUGCUGUUCUUCAAAUCUUGCUGUCUCUUACUGCAUAAAAUCCCGAGUAUUUGUGAGCGAUCCAAUCGAUUAGGUUACAUACCAAAAUUCCCCGGUCAAAAUUCCCCGCGAGAAAAUCCCCCCGCAACAGAACUACCUCGAACAAAGGAUCUCAAUGACAAAACGAAAAUAAACACAAAAUCAGUUGAAAAAGGCCUUGUAUAGUAGGCGGAUUGGGCAUUAGAAUCACAAUAAGCACUCAACAGGUGUGUCAUAUUAUAAAAAUAAAUACAGAACAGGUAUAGUGGGGACACGGAAAUAUCAAUCCCACGAUCCAUCAGUUACCAAUCACACGUCGCCGAGUGCAUUACGCUUCGAAAUGCCAUCACAUUUGCCUGUUAUUGAAAUUUGAAUAGAGAUUUUCACGAACCAAAUAUAUAAUUUCAAAAAAACCGCAUAAAUACGCCAUGCGGAGAAUUUUAUCGGCAGGAAUUAUUGGGUUAGGAGAAUUGGCGCAAGGAAUAUUAACAAGAAGGAAUUAUGUCGGGAAGAGAAAUGACGGGGAGAAUUUCGACCAGGGAAAUAUGGGGCGGGAAUUUUGGCGUGUCACCUUCACCUAUGUGGGGAUACACGUUGAUGUUUUUUCAAUAUUACGCGUCGAUAUGAUUUAAUGAUCUUUUUACACAGAAUAUGAGUAAACCAAAUUAAUGAAUCUAUGUAGCAUUUUUUAAUAAACUUUAUUUGUUGCAUUAUA